UCAGUUUGAUAUAUCUAAUAAAUGAUGGACACAGUAAUAUUUCAGGAAUGAAAUGAGGUUUAUUGUACUAACAGAAAAUGUGCAAUAUGCAUUAAACCAAAAUUUGACCGGUGCAAAAGUAUGGGCACCCUUAUCAUUUUAUUGAUUUGAAUACUCCUAACUACUUUUUACUGAUUUACUGAAGCACAAAAAAAACUUCAUAGCCAGGUGUAUCCAAUCAUGAGAAAAGGUAUUUAAGGUGGCCAAUUGCAAGUUGUUCUCCUAUUUGAAUCUCCUCUGAAGAGUGGCAUCAUGGGCUCAUCAAAACAACUCUCAAAUGAUCUAAAAACAAAGAUUGUUCAACAUAGUUGUUCAGGGGAAGGAUACAAAAAGUUGUCUCAGAGAUUUAACCUGUCAGUUUCCACUGUGAGGAACAUAGUAAGGAAAUGGAAGACCACAGGGACAGUUCUUGUUAAGCCCAGAAGUGGCAGGCCAAGAAAGAUAUCAGAAAGGCAGAGAAGAAGAAUGGUGUGAACAGUCAAGGACAAUCCACAGACCACCUCCAAAGAGCUGCAGCAUCAUCUUGCUGCAGAUGGUGUCACUUUUUGUGUUCUUUUUGUAGAAUUACCAGAUUGCCACAUCAGGGAGGGAGGCCAUCUAUGUUGUCCCCACGCCAAGAGACCCUCAUUGUUGACAUGGUCCGUCAGAACAAUUCAGUCAAACUCUGUGAAAUACAGCAGAAGAUCAUUGACGACCAUGUUGAUUUUGAAGGCAUCACCAGUAUCAGCAUUUCCACCAUUGAUCGUGUCCUAAAACGCAACAGGAUGCGGAUGAAGCAACUGUACAGAGUACCCUUUGAGCGCAACUCAGAAAGGGUCAAGGAGCAAAGAUUCCACUAUGUACAGAGAGUGUUUCAACUGGAUUCCUCAGAACAACCACAUGAAUAUAUUUAUAUGGAUGAAGCUGGGUUCAAUCUGACCAAAAGGAGGAGGAGAGGCCGGAAUGUGAUUGGCCAACGAGCCAUUGUUACAGUUCCUGGCCAGCGUGGUGGCAAUGUCACUUUAUGUGCUGCAAUCAGCAAUCAUGGUGUUCUCCACCAUCAUGCCACAUUGGGGCCAUACAACACUCAACACCUCUUGACAUUUUUAAGUGAUCUUCGGGAUAUUGUGUUAGGGUUUCAGCAGCAGGAUCAUGAACAGACAGAGCAUCCUGUCUAUGUCAUUGUGUGGGAUAAUGUGAGUUUUCACCAUGCCGUGCAGGUCAGAGAGUGGUUCACUAGAAACCAAGAAUUCCUGAAUGUUUUCCUACCACCAUACUCCCCUUUCCUCAAUCCAACAGAGGAGUUCUUCUCUGCAUGGCGCUGGAAGGUUUAUGACUGA